UACAUACUAUACAAACAAAGCAAUAAUAGAAAAAGUGAGGCUUGAGAAUCAUGAUGAAGCCAACUACUCUUGCUUCCCUCUCCCUUCUCUUCCUCCUUUUGGUUGUUACCUCUGUGGAAUCAAGAAAAGAGCCAGGAAUGGUAGAAGGAUUUCAAAGCCUUCUCCAAUUGAAGGCUGAGAAUAAGGCAAAUGCUCAAGAGAUAUUACUUGAUGAAGGUCCUAAUAAGCAGAAAUGUGAAGAGAAGAAAGUGAUAAUGGAAAUAGAGAUGAUUCUAGAAGAUUUUGAACCAAGACCAAGUGUUACAGCUUACAAUGAUGACAAUAUUCAUUCUAAGUUGAAGAAUAAAGAAUUUGAGCCAAGACCAAGUGUUACUGCUUACAACAAUGAUAACAUUCAAUCCAAGUUGAAAAAUAGUGGAUUUGAGCCAAGACCGAGUGUUACUGCUUACAACAAUGACAAUGCUAAUGUCAUGAUAAAGAACAACGAAUUUGAGCCAAGGCCAAGUGUUACAGCUUACAACAAUGACAAUAUUCAUUCCAAGUUAAAGAAGAGUGAAUUUGAACCAAGACCAAGUGUUACUACUUAUAAUAAAGAAUUUGAACCCAUUCCAAGUGUCACUAAGUAUAAUGACUAGAUGGACUAACGCACAAUUGGAAAUUUGAGUGCAGUUAUUACUUUCUAUGUAUUGAAUACAUAAUAAAUCGGCCAGUUCUUUCAUGGUCCAAAUAAUAAUGGUUCAGAAUCGGAGUCUCAUGUAAAUUAGAAAGGGGGACAAUGAUUCCCUCUAAAUCUUAGGCUUUUUUAUAAAUUAUAUAAAAUUUUACUUCAGUCCCCCAUAAUA